UCAGCCUUUACCACAACUCCAGCUAGUACUUGCUUGUUGUCUGUCGUUGUAUAGCUCUUUUACAAUAUGGACGUGCCGGAAAGUAUAAAGAAUUUGGUCAAGGAAAUUGUGAAAAGUGAUAACACAACGAAUUACGACAUAGUUUUGCACGAAUCGAACAAGAAAGGCGAAGGUUUCAUGGGAGAAAUCGUGUUUUUCUCCGUCGUUGAUAGCGACACUAAAAAAGUAGUUUUGGAUUUGGUUUUAAAGAAUUCAUUAAAAUCGGUGGCCGUAAGAAAUGCGUUCAGUGUGAGACUGGCAUUCUUGAAUGAAAUUAAUUUUUAUGAGAACGUGUGGCCUCAGUUAGAUAAUUUUCGUCAACAGUACAAAGUCGAACCGAUUAUGAAUGUAGCAAGAUGCUACGGAACAAGCACCAAGGAGAUGGAUGAGUAUGUUUUAUUAGAAAAUUUAAAAUCGCAGGGAUUUAAAAUGUUCGACAAAAAUGAAUUUAUGAAUUUGAACCAGUUUAAGUAUAUUUUGCGGCAGUACGGCAAGUUUCACGCGUUGAGUUUCGCCUUCAGAAAGCAGGAACCGAAUUUGUUUGCUGAUGCUGUUGGUGGAUAUCGGUCGAUGUUCGACAAUCCAAUGUCUGGGUUCCAACAGUCGAUUGAUAAUGUGUGUAAAGUGGUUUACAGUUACUUACGACCCGAAGAUACUGAUGCUAAAACAGUUUUUAAAAAAUAUGAAGAUGAUGGUUGGAAAGUUUUUGUGGAAGCUCUCAAAUACAAUGGGCCAAAUGGAGUUAUUCUUCACGGUGAUUGUUGGAAUAAUAACAUGAUGUUUAAAUUCGAUAACGACACAUUUUCUGAUAUGGCUUUAGUGGACUUCCAAAUUUCUAGAGUUGGUUCUCCUGUUUAUGACUUAUCGUAUUGUUUAUAUGCAGCGGCAACAAAAGAUAUUCUAGAUAAAUUAGAUGAAUUGUUGGAUGAGUAUUUUAAUAGUUUAAAACAGAUGCUAUUAUUGUUUGGGGAAAAUGUUGAUGACAUCUAUCCUUACACUGUUUUCAAAGAUGAAUGGAGACGAUAUUCUAAAGCAAAUCUUAUUUUCUCGUUUGUUAUUUGGAAAGUAAGAACAAGAACACCUGAAGAAAUGAUAGAUUUUAAUGAUUUUGUCAAAGAUAAGAAAAAUAUUACCGUACCAAAGAGUGAACUUUUUAAAACUAUAACUAGGAAUCUCGUUUUACAUGCUUGCGAAAUUAAUGCAUUGUAAUAAUAAUAUUAUAAUUAUUAUCAUAGAAAGUUAACUUAAUUUUGCUAUGUAAGAUUUUAUUACUGUGUUAUUAAUUUAAUAAUUAAUUAGUUGUAACAACUAAUAAACUUAAAUAAAUAUAAUCUAAUGUUA